AUGCUGUCUCUCAAACCGCUCCCGCCGAACCACAACCCUUCACUCCUCCAUUCCUUAACCCCAUUCACUCCGCCCUUCCCCAGAACCCAAACCCUAAAACCCUCGAAGCACGCCUCGCCGCCGUCGGCGAUCCAGUCGGCGCUCCAGUGGAACAGGAAGCCCGAGCUAGCCGGCGAGACCCCGCGCGUGGUCGUCAUCACAUCGGGAAAGGGUGGCGUUGGGAAGACAACUACCACCGCCAACAUCGGCAUCUCCCUCGCCCGUCUAGGGUUCUCCGUCGUCGCCGUCGACUGCGACGUCGGCCUCCGCAACCUCGACCUCCUCCUGGGGCUCGAGAAUCGCGUCAACUACACCUUAGUCGAGGUCCUCAAUGGCGACUGCCGACUGGACCAAGCCCUGGUCCGCGACAAGCGCUGGUCCAAUUUCGAGCUCCUCUGCAUUUCCAAGCCUCGAUCCAAGCUUCCCCUCGGAUUCGGCGGCAAAGCCCUGGUCUGGCUCGUCGACUCCCUCAAACAAAGACCCGAAGGCUCCCCACAAUUCAUCCUCAUUGACUGUCCCGCCGGAAUUGACGCCGGGUUCAUUACUGCCAUCACGCCAGCAAACGAGGCCGUGCUGGUGACGACUCCGGACAUCACGAGCCUGCGCGAUGCCGAUCGGGUGACCGGCUUGCUGGAAUGCGAUGGGAUUAGGGAUAUAAAGAUGAUUGUGAACAGGGUUAGGACUGAUAUGAUAAAGGGAGAGGAUAUGAUGUCUGUUCUGGACGUCCAGGAAAUGCUGGGGUUGGCAUUGUUGGGAGCCAUACCAGAGGACUCGGAGGUGAUCAGGAGCACCAAUCGAGGGUACCCUCUGGUGUUGAACAAGCCUCCAACUAUGGCCGGAUUGGCAUUCGAGCAGGCGGCUUGGAGGCUUGUUGAGCAGGACAGUAUGCAGGCUGUUUUGGUGGAGGAAGAGCCCAAGAGAAGAGGGUUGUUCUCCUUCUUUGGUGGGUAG